UACCUUCUCCCGUCAAUAAUUCCGGUCGUUCCGUUUCUAGCUGAUCAGUAUGGUGAUGGAAGUUAGAGUGGAAGAGACAUCUGUUGUCAAACCGGCAGAAGAAACACCAAAAGUGUGUUUAUGGACGUCAAAUUUCGAUCAGCUAUGCGUAGUACACGCACAAGCUGUGUACUUUUACAAGCCUCCGGAAUCAACAGACGACGGUUCAUUGUCCGGAUCUAAUGAUUUCUUCAACUCUGCUGUACUCAAGGAUGGUUUAAGUAAAGCUCUGGUCACUUACUACCCAGUUGCUGGGAGAUUGAAGAGAAAUGAGUCUGGUAGAACUGAAAUAGAUUGUACUGGUGAAGGUGCUAUUUUCAUAGAGGCAGAAACGGAUUCAUUUAUGAAGGAUCUUGGCGAGUUCACUCCUAAUGAACAACUUGCGCCUGUCUUUCCUAAACUUGAUUAUAGCGACGACGAUAUCUCUUCGUAUCCACCAUUUCUGGUUCAGGUAACUCAUUUUAAGUGCGGUGGUGUUUGUGUAAGUACAGCAUUAAGCCAUAUAUUAGUCGAUGGAGUCGCCGGAAUCAACUUCAUCAAUACAUGGUCAGAUCUAUGUGAGGUGUUGAAGACACUAAAAAACCAGUCCCUUUCUUUGAUCGAACGUUAUUACGAGCUCGUGACCCACCGAUAGUUUCUUUCCCUCAUAUCGAAUAUAAAUUACCCUCCGUCGACAUACCUGCUACUUCACCCUUACCCAAAAUCGCAAUUGCCAAGCUCAAUCUCUCAACCAUGCAGGCCAACCAACUGAAAUCCAAAUGCAACAAGGACGAGUACCGGUUCAGUACGUACGAAGUCAUGGCAGGACACAUAUGGCGUUGUUUAUGUAAAGCACGCUAGCUUAAAGACGAUGAAGAAACCACGAUCUCGAUCCCGCUAGACUGUCGUUCCCGUUCACGUCCUCCUCUUCCGGCUGGUUAUUUCGGUAACGCCAUAUUUGACAAAACAGUAAUAGCAUUUUCAGGUGAUAUUGUCUCAAAACCAUUAAGUUACGCCGUUAAUUUAAUACACGAGACGUUUAGGUCGUAUGGAAAUGAUGAGUAUCUCAGGUCAGCCAUUGAUUAUCUGGAACUAAACCCAAGUUUCCGUACCAUUGUCAAAGGUAAGGGAUGCAAUUUCAGACUGCCAAUAUAUGAAGCUGAUUUUGGGUGGGGAAAACCAAUUUAUAUGGGUCCGGGUGUGAAUAGGUUUGUGGGUCGAACUUUUCUGAUACCAAACCCGCCGGGAAGUGAUGGUGGCUUUUUCUUGAUUAUUCCUUUGGAGUCUGAAUAUCAGAUGAAUAUUUUUAAGAAGAGUUUUUAUGAUAUUUGAUUUCUUCCUGACUUCGUAAAAGUUGCAAUGGGGAUUCUUAGAUCUCUUCCUGGUUUCUGUCUUAGAUUUUUUUUUUUU